AUGAACUAUCCUCAAAAGAAUCAGCAAAUUCAAGGAAAUAUGCAAUACGAUCCUAAAAAUAGGAUGUAUGCUUCUCAACAAAUGUAUUUAGAUAUGCAUACUGCGCAAAUUCCAUAUCAAAAUUCAUAUAAAAGCCCUCACAGCAGUAAAGUAGCAAUUUUGCAAACACCUCAGAUGAUGAUGACUCCACAACAACAAUUAAAUCAAAACCUCGUCAAUCAAAUUCCAUUUCAAACUUUAAAUGCUCAGCAGCAAGCCUAUAUAUCACAAGCUAUCCUCAGCCAACAGUCUAUGAUGCAAGCAAAUCCAUUAACUUCUCAAACACCCCCACAAUUAAUUCCUCAACAAAAUUUGGCCGCACAGCAAUCAACAUUAUUAGCAAUUCAACCACAAUAUCAAACGACAAGAGGAUAUGAUCAUACAAAACGACUUACCGAUUCAGCAAAGCAAAAAAUUGAUAAAACAGAAAUCCCACAACAAGUAAUAAACAUCCAGACACCGAUGACACCUAAAAGUACUCCACUAGAUUCUUCACCGAAAAAUUCCGAUGAACCAAAAACAAGUGCAAAACAAAAUUUAAUGUUUUUCACUCCUUCACCUCCUACUGGCUGCUUUACAAUAGUUCGUCGUGGAAAUCUACCAGAGAUUCGUUUUGAAUACCAAGGCCUCUGA